UACAUAGAACUCCGUGGCUCAGGCUGACUAUGUAGUGCAGUUGUGAAAGAAGAGCGAGAGAGAGUGAGAGAAAGAGGGCACAGACUUUCUCUACCAGGUGAAUGAGUUACUGAGAGGAGAGAGCAGCAGGAAAGAAUAUCAGCUUUCACAGGACUGUGUUUUUCCAUUGGAUUACAAACAGCAAGAGGGAGAGAUAUUUCCCAGAAUACACGUAGAAGGGUGAUAAUGAAGCUUCUAGCGUCAUUAGCAGUGGUGCUCCUCCUGGUGGCGGUGGAGAGCAUGGCAGCAAGAGGCACAUCCAGGAGGACGAAGAGGGAGCUGAUGAGCCCGCUGCACAUUGGGGGCAUCAGGGACCCGUUUGGGUCGUACUGCGAGCAGCGGGGUGGCUGCUGCCCGGGUCGUGAGGAUCAGUGUACCGUACCCUACCUGGACACCAUCUGUUACUGUGACCUGUUCUGUAACCGAACCAUCUCAGACUGCUGCCCUGACUUCUGGGGCCACUGUCUGGGCAUCUCACCCCCUUUCACUGGCACCUGUGAAAGAAACGGACACAAAUUCCUCUCAGGACAGACUUACAAAGAGAACUGCAAUUUAUGCACGUGUGGAACAACUGGCCGUUGGGAGUGUGAGCAGCAUGCCUGUCUGAUAGAGAAUGAUAUGAUCCAGGCUGUCAACAGAGGAAACUUUGGCUGGCGGGCAGCAAACUACAGCCAGUUCUAUGGCAUGUCUCUGGACGAGGGCCUGAGGUAUCACCUGGGGACACAGAGGCCCUCCAGGACCAUCAUGAGCAUGAACGAGAUGCAGAUGAAUAUGGAUACUCAGAAUGACCGUCUGCCUCAGUAUUUUAAUGCAGCAGAGAAGUGGCCUGGAAAGAUCCAUGAACCUCUGGACCAGGGCAACUGCGCUGCCUCCUGGGCCUUCUCCACUGCAGCGGUGGCAUCGGAUCGAAUCUCCAUCCAGUCGAUGGGUCACAUGACCCCUCAGCUGUCGCCCCAGAACCUAAUUUCCUGUGACACGCGCAACCAAGGGGGCUGUGCUGGAGGACGUAUCGACGGAGCCUGGUGGUACCUGAGACGCAGAGGUGUGGUGACAGAGGAGUGCUACCCGUUCUCUGCUCCCCAGCAGACGACAGCAGAGGUGGGCCGCUGUAUGAUGCAGAGUCGCUCUGUGGGCAGAGGGAAGAGACAGGCUACUGCACGCUGCCCCAGCACACACACCUACCACAAUGACAUCUACCAGUCUACACCUCCCUACAGGCUCUCAUCUAACGAGAAGGAGAUCAUGAAGGAGAUUAUGGAUAACGGCCCAGUGCAAGCCAUCCUGGAGGUCCAUGAGGACUUCUUCGUCUAUAAGAGUGGGAUCUAUAAACACACAGAUGUCAGCUUCACCAAACCGCCACACUACCGCAAACACAACACACACUCCGUCAGGAUCACAGGGUGGGGAGAAGAGAGGAACUAUGAUAGGACAACUAAGAAGUACUGGAUUGCUGCCAACUCGUGGGGGAAGAACUGGGGGGAGAACGGCUACUUCCGUAUCGCUCGUGGAGAGAAUGAGUGUGAGAUCGAGGCGUUCGUGAUCGGCGUGUGGGGUAGGGUCACCAUGGAAGACAUGCAAAGCCACCAUCACCACCAACAUCGCCGACGCAAGUAGAGACAGGCACUCCAGGAACUCAGCAUCCCCAGAGCCCCUUCCUUUCAUCCCAAACCCUCUACCCCUUCCUACCCUGGGGGAGCAGCACAACCAGCCCCAGACCCCCUACCCUUCACCCCAUACCCACUUCCCCUCAGCAUCCCCAGAGCCCCUACCUUUCAUCCCGAACCCUCUUCCCCGUCCUACCCUGGGGAAUCAGCACAACCAGCCCCAGAGCCCCUACCCUUCACCCCAACCCACUUCCCCUUCCUACCCUCGGGGUGCAACUCAACCAGCCCCGUACUAAACUCUGGGGGAGCAACACAACCAGAACCCCGGAGUUCACACUCUGACCCUUGGAGGAACCAACUACCCCAAGAACCACUACUCUUACCCCUUACACCCAUAUCCCCUUACCCAACACUGUAUGUAUUGAAACUCCAGCCGCCCCCAACAUAACUCAAGGUUUAUGGCAUCAAAACAAACUCACGGCCUGCAGGCUUAGAGGGGCUCCUCCAUACAGCCUCCCCGGCUUCAGGACACAGCAAUAAUCACCUCAGGACUCACUAUCCCAAAGACCACACUUCCCAGACUCCUUGGCUUUGGCCUGGGAUCGACUGUUUACUUCCUGCUUCUGUUCAGAAGUCUCCAUUUCCACUGCUAUGAUGAUGAAAGGACUGGCUUGAUCUGAACUCUCUCUCUCUUUUGCUCUCUCUCUCUGGAAGCCAACCCCUUACGGACAGAUUGGGAAAGUGAGAACCAGAGAGAUUUAAUGUUAGAUGACACAAGCACCAGAGAGAAACUAACAAUCCACUUGUGUUACAGUUUAGUUAGUGUUAUCACUGAGGACCUAACUCUUAAUCAUGCUAGCUAUAUCAUUGAUUAAUGUAUUCCUAUUACUAUCAGCAGAUCUGCAGUUGCAGUAGCCACGCAUCUCUCUACACAUUCCCCAAAAAGUUUUCUAGCAGAAUUUUACACUGGAAAGGGUGCUGGUCUAAGGCUUGGUGGUAGGUGGGAUUGAGUUUAGUGAACUGUCCUUUUGACCAAUAAUUUAUUUCCCCUCAUUUACCAAAAAACACUGUUUUCUUUUUAGUACAAUCCUGUACUAUACUAAGUGUAUAGUACAGGAUGGAUUCUCAGCAAGCUCUGGAAAUGUUCAGUACCACAUAACCUGUCUGGUUAUGGAAGAGAUGGUGUCAAUCUUCCAAUGAUAUCAAAUCAACUUCAGUCUCAUGACCAUGACAGCUCUUGACUGAUUCCAACUGCUUGAACAUAAUGUUUCUGUAAGAAUAAUUUUAGUGGGUCAACCAUUUAUAAAUCUCCCUUAAUAGACAGUAUACACUCUUAGAAGUAACAGAGCCUGGAAGAACCUUUAGAACCAAAGAACCAAUUAUAAAAAUUAUUAGAGGAACCCCUGUGUAAAGGUUCACAUCAGAACCUUUUUGUGAUGAGUGAGGUUCAAUUCUGAACCUUUUUAAUAAUAUAUUGUAGAGGUGGCAGCCUAUCAGAAGAUUGGAGGUGUAUCUUAUUGGAGGUAUGGCUUUCAGAUAGUUAUUUUUGGCCACCCAUUACAGUAAAUGUCAUUCCUGUUCAUCAUGUAAAGUUUCAUCGUGCAAAUUUCAAUUUUCCUUGAAUAUUUAUGCAUAUUACAUAUUCUAAUAUAAUAUUAAUAAUAUUAACAUUGCUGAUGACAUAAGGUCCAAAAUUGGGAUUUGCAUAGGCUCUUGAGGAACUCGUACACCUCUGUAAGCCUCAUUGAAGCUACAGAACUGUCAUUGUUCAACCUUAACAUGUGAUGAAAAUACAACAGAAAAUCUGAAAGCCACACCCCUACCAAGCCACACCUCCAGUCCAGGGUUCCGACAGGAACCCUUUGCUACAUUGAAACAUGAAAGGUUCCUCCAAGAACCCCUCAACUAACCUAGAGUGCAAAUAUUGAGGAACUCCAGGGGUUCAUUGAGUACCUCCAGUGUUCCUCGAGUCACCACUAAUUCUAAGAGUGUACACAUUCCGUUUAUUAAUCAGCUGGUUGACAAAAACAUAUCUUGGAAAAAACGAGGCAUUGAUUGAAAUAUCUGAGUUGUCAUUUCUUUGAAGAAGGUAAAAUGGCCACCACCAUGUCAUUUUCAGAUGUUGCUUCAACAUGGAAACGUCUUGGUUGAUCAAAUGCCUUAAAUAAAUAAGUGCUGUUUUUCGACCUCUGGUUGAAAAUAUCCCAUGGUUUGUGUAUUAUAAUCUUAAUCUGUUUCCUUCCGUGUACACUGUGUUACUAUAAUGCUGAAAAUAUUGUUGUAUUUUACUCCUAUUUUCUUACUUGCUUUGAGAGAUGUGGUUGUCUCACACACACUCUCCCCUCCCCUUACCAGCUGCUUUGAAGAGUGCUUGGGUGGUGCACUUACUCCUUCAGAAGGUGAACACACACACAAUCAAAGUUCCUGUCUCUAGGGAGAGGAGGAGGUCGGACUCAGCUGCCAAAGUCUGUUAAAUGCUGUUUCUUUACAGCCUAAAUCUCACAGACGCAACAUGCCACUAACACUUCAGUAUUCAGCAAUAGGCAUGUGUAGGACUACAACAGACUCAUUGUGACAUUUCAAAGGUUGUGUAUUUCCAAAGAAGUGUUAGGUAGGUAGUUCAAUCCUCAACUGAAGCCAGUAAUCACACAGGUUCUGAUAUACUGAUAUAACUUGAUAUAACUGCCUUAUGUAAUGUUGCUCUAGGUGCUCUUUUUAUACUGUCUCCAAUUCAGAUCUAUUAUUUCUGUGUCUAUCAUGAGUUUUAAUGUCUAAGUUUCCAGAGGUGCCAACUGUCCUUUUAGAGACCACAUCAUGUAUCAGUUCACACUGUGCAGUCUCACUUCACAAUAAACUGCUUGGCUUCCCAGAA